UUUCAUCCAUGAUCCCGCACCCCUGGUGCAGGAAAUGGAUGACAAAGUUGUCAGUCCAGAGAAAGCAGAAGAAGCCAAGAUAAAGGUCAUGCAUCCCAAUCUUGGAGCUAGACCGGGAGGUUCAGAUUUUCUGAGAAAACGACUUCAGAAAGGGCUAAAGUAUUUUGAUUCUGGCGAUUACAACAUGGCCAAGGCCAAAAUGAAGGAUAAACACUUGCCAUCAGCCCCAACAGAGAAGGCUCAGAUCACAGGUGGUCACAUCCCGACACCUCAGGACCUGCCUCAGAGAAAGACCUCUAUUGCGACAAGCAAACUGGCUGAGAGAUGA